GGGCGCAGCUGAGACGCGCGUUCAACAGGAAAUGUCUUCGCAAAACAAAGCUGGGUAAUGAUCGGCACGCACAGUAGUGACUGUUGGCUACAGGAUCAGUGCAAACACUCUGCUACAGCACAUUUACAGCGAGCUGGCAGCGUGCGGUGCCCGCGCUUCUUCCUACUAUGCUUUCCAUAAACUCUCAAAAGGGAUACAGUGUUGCCCGAUGUUUCUUGCUUUGGUCGCUUGUGCCCCUCAUCACUGCAAAAGGAAAUGAUGUGGAGAGUCCAACAAAGAUCCGUGAUGCUGACAAACCUCCCUCUGAGAGUCAACUCGACUUGAGAGAAGUGGUGUUUGUCAUCCAGAGCCAGAGGAACUCUUUCCAUGUGCGGCAGGCGGAGAAACUCAGACAAGACCUUCUGCUGCAGACACAAGCUCUUCAAGAGAGUCCCCCUGUCAUCCUGCUGCUGCACACACUGUCAGACAAUGAGGGAGACUGGAACAUUCUCCCGCUACUGCCUUACUUGUCAUCACAGUUUGGCAAGAACUCAUCUUGGAUCAUGUUUCUAGAAGAAGACACUAGAGUGAAACUCCAAAAACUUCAUGAAGUCCUCAAAAAAAUUGACCACAGAAAAGAGUGGUUUCUCGGCAAGCCUCUACAUGAUGAAGAGUCCACCAUCAUCCAUCAUUAUGCCUUCUCUGAGAACCCUGCGGCUUUCGAGUACCCAGACUUCUCUGCAGGAUGGGCACUUAGCAUCCCUCUUGUCAACAGGUUGACAAGCAAAAUAGAAGAGGAGCCAUUAAAAUCAGACUUCACCAUAGAUCUAAAACAUGAGGUGGCGCUGUACAUCUGGGAGGACGGAAAGGGACCUCGACUGACAGGUGUUCCAGAGCUUUGCACAGUACCAGAGCAUAAUCCAAGAACUCAGUACUGUGCCACCACUGUCAGCAGCCAUUCACCAGUGUGUGGCCAGCCUGUUAAGAGCGACAACAUCUUCAUAGCGGUGAAAACUUGCAAGAAGUUCCAUUCCGACAGAGUUCCUGUGGUGAAGAAAACAUGGGGUAAACAAGCAUCUCUGCUGGAGUAUUACAGCGAUUAUGCCGAUCCCUCUAUACCCUCCAUUAAUCUGGGCGUGCCAAACACAGAGAGGGGUCACUGUGGGAAAACAUUCGCCAUCUUGAGGAGAUUUUUGAGCAGUCAUGUGCCUAAUACUGAUUGGCUGUUGAUUGUAGAUGAUGAUACUCUUAUAAGCUUGCCCAGACUGCAGGCCUUGCUAAGCUGCUAUGACUCCAGUGAGCCGGUGUGUCUGGGAGAGCGCUAUGGGUAUGGACUGGGUCAGGGAGGAUACAGUUACAUCACUGGUGGUGGGGGGAUGGUAUUCAGUCGAGAGGCAGUGGUCCAGCUGUUGGCCAGCGGCUGUAAGUGCUACAGUAACGAUGCUCCUGAUGAUAUGGUUUUGGGCAUGUGUCUCAAUGCUCUACGAGUUCCUGUCACACACAGUCCCCUCUUCCACCAGGCUCGUCCAGAAGAUUACGCAAAGGAGUUUUUGGCCCACCAGAUCCCCAUUUCCUUCCACAAACAUUGGAACAUAGACCCUAUUGCAGUGUUCAACAAGUGGUUGAAGAAUGACAAACACACAGAAGGACCACAGAAAAGCACUAAGGAUGAAUUAUAGUCUCUGUGUCUGUGUGCGUGAGAGUAGUAAUGUGUGUAUGUCUGGUCAUUGUCAUCAUUGUGUGUCCUUCAUUCUUCUUAUGUUUUCUAUAUAGUGAAUCUUGCACAAACCUGAAUGGAAGGGUGCCUUCUGGUCUGUAUGAAUGUCCUUAACGGUUUUCUUGGGAGUUGCAUGUCUUAAAUGUUUGUUGGAGAAACAUGUUUGAAAUAUUUAUAUUACACGAUUAUCACAACCUGUUCAAGGUUAUUUGUAGGUUUAUUUUUAAACACUUUUGUUUUCUAAAAGAAUGGAAUUAUUUGUGAAUUAUAAUAUUGGAAUUUAUGAUAAACUUAAAAUCCUGUUGCCUUAAA